CCACAACAGAACAAAGAAUCACAACAGAACCAAUACCCACAACAGAACAAACAACCACAACAGAACCAGCAACCACAACAGAACAGCAACCACUACAGAACCAAAACCCACAACAGAACAACAACCACAACAGAACCAGCAACCACUACAGAACCAAUACCCACAACAGAACAAAGAAUCACAACAGAACCAAUACCCACAACAGAACAAAAAACCACAACAGAACAAAUACCCACAAUAGAACAAAGAAUCAUAACAGAACCAAUACCCACAACAGAACAAAAAACCACAACAGAACCAGCAACCACUACAGAACCAAAACCCACAACAGAACAAACAACCACAACAGAACCAGCAACCACUACAGAACCUAUACACACAACAGAACAAAUAAUCACAACAGAAUCAGUACCCACAACAGAACAAACAAACAACCACAACAGAACAGCAACCACUACAGAACCAACACCCACAACAGAACAAACAACCACAACAGAACCAGCAACCACAACAGAACCAGAAACCACUACAGAACCAAUACCCAAAACAGAACAAAGAAUAACAACAGAACCAAUACCCACAACAGAACAAACAACCACAACGGAACCAGCAACCACUACAGAACCAUUAACCACAACAGAACAAAAAACCACAACAGAACAAAAAAUCACAACAGAACCAAUACCGACAACAGAACAAACAACCAGAACAGAACCAACAAUAACUACAGAACCAAUACCCAAAACAGAGCAAACAACCCUAACGGAACCAACAGAACAAACAACCACAACAGAACCAGAAACCAGUACAGAACCAAUACCCACAACAGAACAAACAACCACAACAGAACCAGCAACCACUACAGAACCAAUAUCCACAACAGAACAAAGAAUCACAACAGAACCAAUACCCACAACAGAACAAAAAACCACAACAGAACAAAUACCCACAAUAGAACAAAGAAUCAUAACAGAACCAAUACCCACAACAGAACAAAAAACCACAACAGAACCAGCAACCACUACAGAACCAAAACCCACAACAGAACAAACAACCACAACAGAACCAGCAACCACUACAGAACCUAUACACACAACAGAACAAAUAAUCACAACAGAAUCAGUACCCACAACAGAACAAACAACCACAACAGAACCAGCAACCACUACAGAACCAACACCCACAACAGAACAAACAACCACAACAGAACCAGAAACCACUACAAAACCAAUACUCACAACAGAACAAAGAAUAACAACAGAACCAAUACCCACAACAGAACAAACAACCACAACGGAACCAGCAACCACUACAGAACCAUUAACCACAACAGAACAAAGAAUCACAACAGAACAAAAAAUCACAACAGAACCAAUACCGACAACAGAACAAACAACCAGAACAGAACCAACAAUAACUACAGAACCAAUACCCAAAACAGAGCAAACAACCCUAACGGAACCAGCAACCACUACAGAACCGAUACCCACAACAGAAAAAAGAAUCACAACAGAACCAAUACCCACCACUGAACAUGCAACCACAACAGAACAUGCAACCACAACAGAACCAAUGCCCACAACAGAACCAGCAACCACAACAGAACAAACAAUCACAACAGAACCAGCAACCACUACAGAACCGAUACUCACAACAGAACAAAGAAUAACAACAGAACCAAUACCCACAACAGAACAGACAACAACAAUGGAACCAGCAACCACAACAGAACCAAUACCCACAGCAGAACAAAUAAUCAAAACACAACCAGAACCAACAACCACUACUGAACCAAUACCCACAACAGAACAAACAACCUCAACAGAAGCAGCAACCACUACUACAGAACCAAUACCCACAACAGAACAAAGAAUCACCACAGAACCAAUACCCACAACAGAACAAACAACCACAACGGAACCAGCAACCACUACAGAACCAACACCCACAACAGAACAAACAACCAAAACAGAACCAGAAACCACUACAGAACCAAUACCCACAAAAGAACAAAGAAUCACAACAGAACCAAUACCCACAACAGAACAAACAACCACGAGAGAACCAACAAACACUACGGAACGAAUACCCAAAACAGAACAAACAACCAAAACAGAACCAGCAACCACUACAAAACCAAUACCCACAACAAGACAAACAACCACAACAGAACCAGCAAUCACUACAGAACCAAUACUCACAACAGAACAAAGAAUAACAACAGAACCAAUACCCACAACAGAACACACAACAACGGAAACAGCAACCACUACAGAACCAAUACCCACAGCAGAACAAAGAAUCAAAACACAACCAAUACCCACAACAGAACAAUCAGCCACAACACAACCAGAAACCACUGCAGAAACAAUACCCAAAACAGAACAAAGAAUCGCAACAGAACCAAUACCCACAACAGAACAAACAACCACAACAGAACCAGAAACAAGUACAGAACCAAUACCCACGACAGAAAAAAGAAUCACAACAGAACCAGCAACCACUGCAGAACCAAUACCCACAACAGAACAAACAACCACAACAGAACCAAUACUCCAAGCAAAACAGAAAAGCACAACAGAACCAAUACACACAACAGGACAAACAACAAAAACAAAACAAAUACACACAACAGAACCAAUACCCACAACAGAACAAAGAAUCACAACAGAACAAAGAAUCACAACAGAACAAAGAAUCACAACAGAGUCAAUACCCACAAAAGAACAAAGAGUCACAAAGGAACCAAUACCCACAACAAAACAAACAACCACAACGGAACCAGCAACCACUACAGAACCAAUACCCAGAACAGAACAAACAACAACAACAGAACCAGCAACCACUACAGAACAAAUACCCAUAACAGAACAAAGAAUUACAACAGAAGCAAUACCCACAAGAGAACAAACAACCACAACAGAACCAGCAACAACUACAGAACCAAUACCCACAACAGAACAUACAACAACCGAACAAGCAAACACAACAAAACCAAUACCAAUAACAGAACAAAGAAUCACAACAGAAUCAAUACCCACGACAGAAAAAACUACCACAACAGAACCAGCAACCACUACAGAACCAAUACCCACAACAGAACCAGCAACCACUACAGAACCAAUACCCACAACAGAACAAACAACCACUACAGAACCAGCAACCACUACAGAACCAAUACUCACAACAGAACAAAUGACCACAACACAACCAACACCCACAACAGAACAAACAACCACAACAGAACCGGCAACCACAAGAGAACCAAUACCCACAACAGAACAAAGAAUCAGAACAGAACCAAUACCCCAACAGAACAAACAACCACAACAGAACCAGAAACAAGUACAGAACCAAUACCCACGACAGAAAAAAGAAUCACAACAGAACCAGCAACCACUGCAGAACCAAUACCCACAACAGAACAAACAAUCACAACAGAACCAAUACUCCAAGCAAAACAGAAAAGCACAACAGAACCAAUACACACAACAGGACAAACAACAAAAACAAAACAAAUACACACAACAGAACCAAUACCCACAACAGAACAAAGAAUCACAACAGAACAAAGAAUCACAACAGAACAAAGAAUCACAACAGAGUCAAUACCCACAAAAGAACAAAGAGUCACAAAGGAACCAAUACCCACAACAAAACAAACAACCACAACGGAACCAGCAACCACUACAGAACCAAUACCCAGAACAGAACAAACAACAACAACAGAACCAGCAACCACUACAGAACAAAUACCCAUAA